ACGACCAAGUUGUCACCCUGUGGAGGAUUACACACCGGCCACGGCCACGGAAGACACGGGAGAACCGGCGACAGCACACGUAUCUGACAACCCCCCCCCCCCGGACACAAGUAAAAGGGAAACGAGUUUCACACGGUGGUCGUUCUUGGACGGAAACUUCACGGAGAACUGAACCUUUCUCGCUCGGGAGCGGCGGAGGGUGUGUUUUUAAUCGUCCCCGGGGAUCGAGAGAAGAGGAGCUCUGCCCAUGAAGCCAUGGUGAAAAGUCUUUUCCUCUUGAGGUGAACUGCCUGCUGGACAGUCGGAGGCGCCAUGGCGGAGCUGCCUAUCGCCCCGGGCCAGGUCUACAUCGAGGUGGACUACGACUAUGACUACAAGUCCAAGGACCGCCUCAUCUCCAUCCGACAGGGGGAAUGCUACAUGCUGGUCAAGAAGACCAACGAGGACUGGUGGCAGGUGAGGAAGGACGAAGGGGCUAAGGCUUUUUAUGUACCUGCUCAGUAUGUUCGCGAAGUCCGCAAAGCCCUCAUGCCGCCUCCCAAAGCCCUUCCACAUCCCCCUCCCUCCGCCGGAAACACUCCUCCACAAAGUCGGCAUGCAGUCUGGGUCAAACCGAGCAACCUGGAGCUGGGACUCCCCGAUCGGCCGUCUGAGAACAGACACGACUCCACCUACCGGCGCUCUCCUUCGGCGCAAACCGCCUCAUCGGGCCACUUCAGCCCCCCGAGUCAACGGAGGGACAACAACAACCACCACCACCCGCCCACUAGUCCCACCGAGCACGACAGGGCUCUGGCCGACAUCCUCGUCCACGGUGGCAGCGCCGGCCCUCAACCCCCUCAAAAAGGAGGGUCCAGCACUCUGCCGCGCUCUCGAGCCCGAUCCCCAGACCUGGUGAGGGCUCCGCUGGACGUGGACACCACCCAGCACUGCGACUCGGCGGGUGAAGAGAGGCGCACCAACGACUCGGAGUCCGGAGACGAACUGAGCAGCUCUUCAACUGAACAUCUCCAGGUCUUAUCCUCGACAUCGCAGGGACGCUCCGAGUCGCCCGUCUACACCAACCUCCAGGAGCUGAAGAUCAGCCAGACCAACCAGCCCCCUCAGCCCUCCGGCUCGCCCAUCCACAGGUUCGCCGAGUGGGAGACGUACAAGGACCAGAACGGCCGACACUACUACUACAAUCGCUCCACCCAGGAGAGGACCUGGAAGCCGCCUCGGACCAGGGACACCAGCUCCGGGAGCUCCAGAGGAGAGAGCCACAGCACCGGAGACAGCUCCGAGACCACUCCUCUGUCGCUCUCGCCCUCUUUCCUCCCCUUCCUCUCGCUCUCCAUCGGUCGGCUGCAGCCUCUGUCGUCGGAGGACACCUGCUUCAGCGCCUACUCUAGCCAGUCAGACAGUCAGUACGGCUCGCCGCCGCGUGGUUGGUCGGAGGAGAUGGACGAACACGGCCACACGCUCUAUGUCAGCGACUAUACUAACGAGAAGUGGUUAAAACACGUUGACGAUCAGGGAAGACCUUAUUACUACAGCGCAGACGGCUCCAGGUCAGAGUGGGAGCUGCCGAAGUAUAAACUGUCCCCCCCUCAGCCGUCCGGAGACGGUCCGAAAAGUCGCAGCCUGGACAGGAAGCACGUGGAGCCCAUCGUCCUGACCAAGUGGAGGCACAGCGCCUACGUCCAGGAGCCCAACGACAAGCGGCUGUUAAAAUCCAGGCGUUUCCGUGGCGGCUCCGCCCGCCCGCACCCGUACAAACCUCAAGACGCUCCUCUGGGGCCAAAGCCCCCCUCCCCUGACUCUGACUCCUGCCCUUCGUCUCCCAAGCCCCCCGGCUCUCCGUCAGAAAAGUGCGGAGUUCUGAAUGUGACAAAAAUCACCGAACAUGGAAAGAAAGUACGGAAGAACUGGACGUCUUCCUGGACGGUCCUCCAAGGGUCAACGCUUCUAUUUGCCAAAGGUCAAGGCGGAGGGACGAGCUGGUUUGGAGGAGGUCAGUCCAAACCAGAGUUCACGGUGGACGUGAGGGGCGGCUCGGUGGACUGGGCAAAGGACAAGUCCAGCAAGAAGAACGUCUUAGAGCUGAAGACUCGACAGGGCACGGAGCUUCUGAUCCAGUCGGACAACGACGGCGUCAUCAACGAGUGGUUCAGAGCCCUGCAGGACUCCAUCAGCACCCAUGCUUGGGAGUCUGACGAGGCCAUAGAGGACGACAUGCCCGAAUCUCCUGGUGCAGAGAAACACGACAAGGAGAAAGACCACAGAGACUCCAAGAAAGGCCGAGCGGCCGUAAAGCCCUCGGCCAGCAUGGACACCUCCGACAACAAGAAGACCAGACACAAGCUGAAGAAGUUCCUCACCCGCCGUCCGACCCUGCAGGCCGUCAGAGACAAGGGAUACAUAAAAGAUCAGGUGUUUGGCUGCAGUCUGUCCAGUUUGUGUCAAAGGGAGAACAGCACGGUGCCGAGUUUCGUCAGGAUGUGCAUCGACCAUGUGGAGAACAGCGGGUUGUGUAUAGACGGGCUGUACAGAGUUAGCGGGAACUUGGCCGUCAUACAGAAACUACGCUUCGCUGUCAAUCACGAUGAGAAGGUGAACCUCUCUGAGGGAAAGUGGGAGGACAUCCACGUCACCACUGGAGCUCUGAAGAUGUACUUCAGGGAGCUGCCUGAGCCUCUCUUCACCUUCGCUCUGUUCCACGACUUUGUCACCGCAAUCAAGAUAUUUGACCACAAGCAGCGAGUUCAAGCCAUCAAAGACCUGGUCAGACAACUACCCAAGCCCAACCACGACACCAUGCAGGCGCUCUUCAAACACCUCAGGAAAGUGAUUGAUUACGGCGAGGAGAACCGCAUGACCACCCAGAGCGUAGCCAUCGUGUUCGGCCCCACGUUGCUUCGGCCUGAGACGGAGACCUGGAACAUGGCAGUCCACAUGGUCUAUCAGAACCAGAUAGUGGAGCUCAUACUGCUGGAGUACGAGAACAUUUUCGGCCGGUAGACGCCAGAGGAGGAGGAGUGGCGUCUAUUUUGUUUUUAUUAUUCUCUCCCAAUGCAGAGCUCUUCCUAACCCAGCACGGCCUGGCUCGGCUCGGCUCGCUCGGUGCUUCAUCUUCAUCGUCGCAAUCUGGCUUCUCCAACCUCUGGACCAACAAAAGCCAAAAUAUACGUGUUAACUAACUAGCGACCAAAACGUUUAGACUCUUUGCACUUCUCUCGUUUUUCUCCUGCAGCUACAUUUGUGCCACUUUACUGCAAAGGUUGACGUCCUCCAGUCCCGACACUGAUUUUCUUAAACUAAUGUAACUCUGACUAACCUCUGCUACUGCACACACGGACUCAGACCAAAAAAGAAGCAGAGGAUCGAACCUCAGCGCCUCUGUGACAGAAUGAGGCGUCAGUAUUGGAGGUUUUUAUGAUGCUGGAUGCAGCCUGGAUGUACCGUACUGUAAAUGUCGUCACUUGUAUAGCCGCUCCUGUUUGAACCACACUGACCAACAGAAUAAACCAAACUGCUGGAUUCUCGCUAAACUCAGCCUCGGCUUUAGAUGAUUGAAGCUGGAACCAGGGGGAAGAACAUUAUUUGGCUCUUUGUAUUUUUUUUUUGUUUUAAAUGUCUUCCUUCUGCUUCUCGUCUCCGUUUCAAACACACGCGACGUUACUGUGAUUCUGUAUUAUAUCUGCACGCCACCUUCUCGGUUUAGAACAAAUCAUCUCACUUGAAAAACAAAACGGAGUGGUACUCGGCUGGUAUCUUCAAUGACUUAAAUGAUAUUUCUGUACAGUGUUUAUGUGAGUGCAUGUGAAUAGGGGGUGGAUGGAUUUAUGAAUGGAUGGUUUAAAUGACAAAUAUUGUACAAAUAGUAAAUAUAUAUAUAUAUGCCUGGAGUGUUAGAAAUAUGAGGCGAGGGAGAAGCCACUGUUUAGUGUGUAACCAGCCAGACGAGAGGAAUGAAGCUAUGAACGGGGAUGUGGAGUUUUACCUGUGAGUCAGGUAAAACCUGUUGAGUUUAAAAAACUGGAAUAAAGACCUCUAACAAGAGAAUUUCCAAAGA